GCGCUCAUGACGUCAUACGUAAGGACCCUGACGGAUUACAAGAACGUGAUGACGAAAGACGUUCUCUCUUUGCCCCAUCUACUGCGAGAAUGAAGACCAUUCUCAGCAAUCAGACGGUCGACAUUCCAGAAAAUGUGGACAUAACUCUGAAGGGGCGCACAGUCAUUGUGAAGGGCCCCAGAGGAACCCUCCGGAGGGACUUCAAUCACAUCAAUGUAGAGUUGAGCCUUCUUGGGAAGAAGAAGAAGAGACUCCGGGUUGACAAAUGGUGGGGCAACAGGAAGGAACUGGCCACCGUCAGAACCAUCUGCAGCCACGUUCAAAACAUGAUCAAGGGUGUUACACUGGGCUUCCGCUACAAGAUGAGGUCCGUGUAUGCUCACUUCCCCAUCAACGUCGUUAUUCAGGAGAAUGGGUCUUUGGUUGAAAUCCGAAACUUCUUGGGUGAAAAAUACAUCCGCAGGGUUCGGAUGAGGACAGGCGUUGCUUGUUCUGUCUCUCAAGCCCAGAAGGAUGAAUUAAUCCUUGAAGGAAAUGAUAUUGAGCUUGUUUCAAACUCAGCGGCUCUGAUACAGCAAGCCACGACAGUUAAAAACAAGGAUAUCAGAAAGUUUUUGGAUGGUAUCUAUGUGUCUGAAAAGGGAACAGUGCAGCAGGCUGAUGAGUAAGACCUAAGUUACCAGCUCCAGAAACAAGAUCCUGAAUGUUAAUGCGAUUUGGGGUGUAUUUUGGGACAAUAAAAGACUUGUAUUGA